CCCGUCUGCGCCGCCAUUGGCCGCGGGCCCAGGACUGGCGGGCUCACGUCACCGGCCGGGCCCUCCCCCUUGGCAAUGUCUUCAGCCCGCUGCUCUCCUAACUUAAGCAUUUAUUCCACUGGGAUAGAAGCGGCAGGAGCAGCGUUGGCACCGGCGAACCAUGGCUGGGAUUUUCUAUUUCGCCCUCUUUUCGUGUCUCUUCGGGAUUUGCGGCGCUGUCACCGGUUCCAGGGUUUACCCCGCGAAUGAAGUUACCUUAUUGGAUUCCAGAUCUGUUCAGGGAGAACUUGGGUGGAUAGCAAGCCCUCUGGAAGGAGGGUGGGAGGAAGUGAGUAUCAUGGAUGAAAAAAAUACACCAAUCCGAACCUACCAAGUGUGCAAUGUGAUGGAACCCAGCCAGAAUAACUGGCUACGAACUGAUUGGAUCACCCGAGAAGGGGCUCAGAGGGUGUAUAUUGAGAUUAAAUUCACUUUGAGGGACUGUAAUAGUCUUCCGGGCGUCAUGGGGACUUGCAAGGAGACGUUUAACCUGUACUACUAUGAAUCAGACAACGACAAAGAGCGUUUCAUCAGAGAGAACCAGUUUGUCAAAAUUGACACCAUUGCUGCUGAUGAGAGCUUCACCCAAGUGGACAUUGGUGACAGAAUCAUGAAGCUGAACACCGAGAUCCGGGAUGUAGGGCCAUUAAGCAAAAAGGGGUUUUACCUGGCUUUUCAGGAUGUGGGGGCCUGCAUUGCCCUGGUAUCAGUCCGUGUGUUCUAUAAAAAGUGUCCACUCACAGUUCGCAAUCUGGCCCAGUUUCCUGACACCAUCACAGGGGCUGAUACGUCUUCCCUGGUGGAAGUUCGAGGCUCCUGUGUCAACAACUCAGAAGAGAAGGAUGUGCCAAAAAUGUACUGUGGGGCAGAUGGUGAAUGGCUGGUACCCAUUGGCAACUGCCUAUGCAACGCUGGGCAUGAGGAGCGGAGCGGAGAAUGCCAAGCUUGCAAAAUUGGAUAUUACAAGGCUCUCUCCACGGAUGCCACCUGUGCCAAGUGCCCACCCCACAGCUACUCUGUCUGGGAAGGAGCCACCUCGUGCACCUGUGACCGAGGCUUUUUCAGAGCUGACAACGAUGCUGCCUCUAUGCCCUGCACCCGUCCACCAUCUGCUCCCCUGAACUUGAUUUCAAAUGUCAACGAGACAUCUGUGAACUUGGAAUGGAGUAGCCCGCAGAAUACAGGUGGCCGCCAGGACAUUUCCUAUAAUGUGGUAUGCAAGAAAUGUGGAGCUGGUGACCCCAGCAAGUGCCGACCCUGUGGAAGUGGGGUCCACUACACCCCACAGCAGAAUGGCUUGAAGACCACCAAAGUCUCCAUCACCGACCUCCUAGCUCAUACCAAUUACACCUUUGAAAUCUGGGCUGUGAAUGGAGUGUCUAAAUAUAACCCUAACCCAGACCAAUCAGUUUCUGUCACUGUGACAACCAACCAAGCAGCACCAUCAUCCAUUGCUUUGGUCCAGGCUAAAGAAGUCACAAGAUACAGUGUGGCACUGGCUUGGUUGGAACCAGAUCGGCCCAAUGGGGUAAUCCUGGAAUAUGAAGUCAAGUAUUAUGAGAAGGAUCAGAAUGAGCGAAGCUAUCGUAUAGUUCGGACAGCUGCCAGGAACACAGAUAUCAAAGGCCUGAACCCUCUCACUUCCUAUGUUUUCCACGUGCGAGCCAGGACAGCAGCUGGCUAUGGAGACUUCAGUGAGCCCUUGGAGGUCACAACCAACACAGUGCCUUCCCGGAUCAUUGGAGAUGGGGCCAACUCCACAGUCCUUCUGGUCUCUGUCUCAGGCAGUGUGGUGCUGGUGGUAAUUCUCAUUGCAGCUUUUGUCAUCAGCCGGAGACGGAGUAAAUACAGUAAAGCCAAACAAGAAGCGGAUGAAGAGAAACAUUUGAAUCAAGGUGUAAGAACAUAUGUGGACCCCUUUACGUAUGAAGAUCCCAACCAAGCAGUUCGAGAGUUUGCCAAAGAAAUUGACGCAUCCUGCAUUAAGAUUGAAAAAGUUAUAGGAGUUGGUGAAUUUGGUGAGGUAUGCAGUGGGCGUCUCAAAGUGCCUGGCAAGAGAGAGAUCUGUGUGGCUAUCAAGACUCUGAAAGCUGGUUAUACAGACAAACAGAGGAGAGACUUCCUGAGUGAGGCCAGCAUCAUGGGACAGUUUGACCAUCCAAACAUCAUUCACUUGGAAGGCGUGGUCACUAAAUGUAAACCAGUAAUGAUCAUAACAGAGUACAUGGAGAAUGGCUCCUUGGAUGCAUUCCUCAGGAAAAAUGAUGGCAGAUUUACAGUCAUUCAGCUGGUGGGCAUGCUUCGUGGCAUUGGGUCUGGGAUGAAGUAUUUAUCUGAUAUGAGCUAUGUGCAUCGUGAUCUGGCCGCACGGAACAUCCUGGUGAACAGCAACUUGGUCUGCAAAGUGUCUGAUUUUGGCAUGUCCCGAGUGCUUGAGGAUGAUCCGGAAGCAGCUUACACCACCAGGGGUGGCAAGAUUCCUAUCCGGUGGACUGCGCCAGAAGCAAUUGCCUAUCGUAAAUUCACAUCAGCAAGUGAUGUAUGGAGCUAUGGAAUCGUUAUGUGGGAAGUGAUGUCGUACGGGGAGAGGCCCUACUGGGAUAUGUCCAAUCAAGAUGUGAUUAAAGCCAUUGAGGAAGGCUAUCGGUUACCCCCUCCAAUGGACUGCCCCAUUGCACUCCACCAGCUGAUGCUAGACUGCUGGCAGAAGGAGAGGAGCGACAGGCCUAAAUUUGGGCAGAUUGUCAACAUGUUGGACAAACUCAUCCGCAACCCCAACAGCUUGAAGAGGACAGGGACGGAGAGCUCCAGACCUAACACUGCCUUGUUGGAUCCAAGCUCCCCUGAAUUCUCUGCCGUGGUAUCAGUGGGCGAUUGGCUCCAGGCCAUUAAAAUGGACCGGUAUAAGGAUAACUUCACAGCUGCUGGUUAUACCACACUAGAGGCUGUGGUGCACGUGAACCAGGAGGACCUGGCAAGAAUUGGUAUCACAGCCAUCACGCACCAGAAUAAGAUUUUGAGCAGUGUCCAGGCAAUGCGAACCCAAAUGCAGCAGAUGCACGGCAGAAUGGUUCCCGUCUGAGCCAGUACUGAAUAAACUCAAAACUCUUGAAAUUAGUUUACCUCAUCCAUGCACUUUAAUUGAAGAACUGCACUUUUUUUACUUCGUCUUCGCCCUCUGAAAUUAAAGAAAUGAAAAAAAAAUAUCUGCAGCGUUGCUUGGUGUACAGAUUGCUGAAACUGUGGGGCUUACAGAAAUGACUGCCGGUCAUUUGAAUUAGACCUGGAACAAACCGUUUCUCAGAAGUACUUUUCUGUUCAUCACCAGUCUGUAAAAUACAUGUACCUAUAGAAAUAGAACACUGCCUCUGAGUUUUGAUGCUGUAUUUGCUGCUGGACACUGAGCUUCUGAGACAUCCCUGAUUCUCUCUCCAUUUGGAAUUACAACCAUUGUAUUUUGUUUGUGGCAUAAAUUACAGUCAUCUCUCUUUCACUGGAAUGAAGACCAUGCCUAGGAACAUUUUUUAAGGACUCAGCUGUGGCUUUUAGGGCUUGGUUCAUACCAUGGGGAAAAAAAAAAAUCCUAGGAGAAAGCGACGUGGCUCAUCAGUGUUGCCUCUUCAGUGCUCAAGCCACCUGGUGGAUUCCUAUGACACAGCGGGGCUGGAAAGAAAGGGAAAGUGGAUUUAAAAUAUAUAUAUACAUAACCCAAGCCCCAUAACCCCUAACUGAACAAAUGAGGUCUGUUUCUUUGGGCCUGAGGCUGUGCCAUAUAAAGUCUUAUUUUGGGACUCUACAAACUUGUCCUAACUAUCUUAUGGAUAGUGAGCUGUGACAAUCUGGAAUAGAGAACGUUCACACUUCGCUCCUUUAAAGAAGCGACCCCAGAUCUGCAAGGGAGUAGAUUCUGCUAUCUCGGCCUCACAGCCCUUCCUGUUGAUUACAAAGCCCGUGGAAGAAAACAGAACACACCCUCCUCAGUUCCGUCUAAAUGUGUUUCUUCUGCUUCAAUUACGCCAGUUCUGGGGCAAAGACACUGAUGAAACAACACCCAUACCUGAAAAGAAUAAAUGUGUGACUUUCAAAUCCCCUUUCCCAGUGAAAGAAACAGCAAACACUUAAGAUUCAGCAUCCGUUCUCCAGUUGCACUGAGGAAUGCACUGUCUCGCAGCACCAGCUCUGCAGAGCCCUUGCCCCCGGACUCUUUGCGGUUUUAUUUAUAUAUAUUUCCAUAUUUCAUUCCUGUAUGUCACUGCUGCAUUGGUGUGGCAGCAAGUGACCAAAUGCUACAGGUCUUACUAUGGACACCAGGUCAGGCGCAACCACACAAAACAAAGCCAGUUCCGUGGGCUGCCUAUGAUAUGCAUUGCGGAAGUAACAUUUUACCCAGGGUGUGCCAUUGCAGUGAUAUAAAUAUAUUUUUUUCUUAGACUAAAUAUGAGCUGACUAUCUCUUUUGAUGUGUGUACAUAGGUGUGAGUGUGUGUGUAUGCGUGCGUGUCUGUGUGUGGGUGUGUGUAUGUGUGUAGCCUCAUGCUUAGGACUACCCGUGAAUGUUGUGGAAUGCUACACCUGGAGAGUUCUGGUUUUCCACCAGUUUCAAGAUGAAGAACCACAUGAUACAGUGGACCUGGAGACUGUCCCCUUGGAAAGACAACCCAGAGAUGUUCAGCAUCCUGUAUCUAUAUGUGUAUUUUGUAGCUGUCACACUAACCUUAAUGAGAAUUCUACAGCUUUGGACAGAGGCGUUUUCACCUUAAUGGUGAAGUAAUUUAAAAUAUAAAUCCAUUCAGGUGACAACCCAUCAUCAAAAUUACAAAUUCUGAUUGAACUCAUCUGAAUCGUCAGUUCCUUGAUGGAGAGAGAGAAGGAGAUGGAAUGUGUCUGGUAACCCCAAAUGGAGUACAAGUAGCCUUUGUUUUCCUGCAUAAAUGGACUUGUUGAAUGCGAACAAAUAUAUGCAAUUCAUAUACUUUUGGAGAUGAACGUAGAUAUGUGUGUCAGCUUUGAGAUGGUGUGUCCUGGAUUAAUACUUUGUCUCCCAAUAUCACAGAAAAAUACAUGCCAGUGACUCUUGAGGUUAAGGUAGUUGGGAUGAAAUGGCCUCAGGCAAUUCCAGAUUCCCUAAUUACCAGGAAAGUUCUACAGUAAUUAAUAUGCAGCUAACUCCUACUGCCCUCACAAGAGCAUCAGCCUUCUAGAAUCGGAGCUCCGGAGUGUGAAGAUUCAGUAUUGAUACAUGAUAUGUAUACCAAACUCCAGCCAACUUACUGCCAUUUUUCAUAACCUGAGUGGCUGCCUUGCUUAUCCUAAGCUAUGGUUGCAGAAACUGUGGCCAUUUAUAGAAGCUAUAACAUCAAAUCAGGGAAAAAUGAGGAAAAAAAAUAGAUUCUGAACCAUUUAUUGUUGAAUAAGUAGAGAAAAUCAUCAAUAAAUAUUUAUUACAUUCUGACAGGGUGUGUGGCAUUGUAUUCUAUGCCAGAGUGACAAAGUUAAUUCACCCCUUUUUGGGGACCUUAAUAUAUUUUUUAAGGGAUGUGCCUAUGCAUUGAUGCCUGAAAAAUAUGUAUAAAGAAAUGAGGUUGAAUCUCUGAACAGUUCAUCUUUUCCAGAGGUAAGGGUAGGAGGCCAACUUCAGGGUCUGGGUCUAAGCCCAUGGGCAAGCCCUGGCCGAGUGAGCUCCAGUGCUAACUCACGUGCCGAUCUCUAGAGCAGCGGGAAACUACCCCGCUGCACCAAAUCAAGUAGCUUUGCCUUGUGUAUGCAGGCCCCAAGUUAUUUUUUAGCAAUCUUACAAGUGAAAUGUUCUGGUGUGUUGAAAAAUGUUCUUAUUUUAAAGAAAGGUUGUGCUCGCUACACUGCUGGUGUGUGCGUUCUGAGACCUCUUGUAUUCAAUCUGUGAAGGAUAUGUGUAUUAAUCCGUACACCCGUAUAGCCUCAAUAUUUGUCUGAAGACACUUAAAUUCUGACCCGUAAAGGAAAGUUCUAGAAGCAAUAUUUUCACUUAUUUAACAUUCUCCAAACAACAUCAAGCAUUGAUACACACUGAAGAGUGCGUUUAUUUUUUGUAUCACUCUAAGUAUGUUGGAAUAUGCAAGGACUGUGGUUAAAAUUAGAAUGUAUAAGGCAUAUUAUAAUUUAGUUCAUACUGAAAAAGAAAUUAACAGAACAUUAUUCGGUUCACAUGUUCCAAAAUUUGAGUGAUUUCUUGAGUUAGACAUAGAUUUUCUAUUUUGUUUUAAUUUGUCAAGGUAUUUUUCUUCCCUUCAUGAACUUUAGGUACACAUAACUUAUGUCAUUUAUUUAUGGUCUUUUAUACCUAGUUUGUAAAAUUGUAAAAUAGCAAACUAAAUGCAAACAGUUUGCAUUUGAAAAUAAUAAAGUAGUUGCCGUAUACAACCCUGCAA